UCCACAGCACCGGAGUGGUCCUGCUGAUAGGGUUUCACUCUCCGCAGGGCAAAGAAGAGGGCAGGCAGUACAAUACACGCUCUGGGAAUCUAACAUCCUGUUCUUAGGACCUGAGUCUUCCCGUGGAUUCCUGGGUCUGACAGCCAUGCCUCUCUCAACUCCUGCCCCUUCUAACAAGAGGAAGAUCAUCACCGACCUGUCCAACAUCAGCCAGAAUGAGGUUGAGUCGGACCCCGAAGCCAGUGAACUGGACUUGGGCACCAAGAUCAAGACUCCCAAGGAUGUGAUGCUGGAGGAGCUCUCCUUGCUCAACAACAAGGGCUCAAAGAUGUUCAAGAUGAGGCAGCAGAGAGUUGAGAAGUUCAUCGUGACCAACGAAAAUUUGCAUAACCUACAGAACCUGCUGACGCCCCCUCCUGUCCCACCGAAGCCUGAGAUGCCAAAGGAAGAAAAGGUGGAGGAGACGGUGGAUGAAGAGGCAGAGAAGGCAAAGCGCAGGAAGGAGUAUGUGCGCUCCUAUGUGUCCCCGUGGGAACGGGCCAUGAAGGGGAAUGAGGAGCUGAAGGCCACCAUGAAUGCUUGCAUGCCAGGACCCAUCAUGUUCCACUCAGACAUGCCUCAGUACAAGAGCUUUAACAGGACGGCGCUGCCAUACGGCGGCAUGGAUAGGGCAUCCAAGAUGCUGACCUUUGAGCUCCCAGAGCUCAACUUGCCCAGCGAGGAGCCGGAACCUCUUCUCAACAACCACCCUGACAUCCGCUCACGGCCGUCGUUCAACCGCACGCCCAUCGGAUGGAUCUGCAGUGAGGACAACUCACAGAUCCACAUGGACCUGGAGGUCCCCUUUGAUGGAGAAACAGAUGACCUGUGAACACCGGAGCAGACACGAGCAUAUUUACAGCACAUACAGUCGAGGACACACAUCCAACAAUGCACUGGACCUCAAAAUCACUCUCAUAUAUGAAGAAAACACUUCCACCCGUGAGUAGGAGAUGGAAAUAACUGGUAGAUUAUAAGAUUAUAAAUCCAUUUAAACACACAAAGGAAGCUAACUUAAUGGGAAGGAAUUAUAAAGACUCAAAGGAAAAAGACAAAGUAUGUCCCUGGUCUCCUGUGUGCUUUCUUACCCUUAAUUACAAAUGAGUCUUACACUGCUUUUACAUACUGUGAGCUAAUGUGAAACCUGUGUGAAUAGCAAUAGAUAAGCUCUCUGCACUAUUAAAACAUUGUAAAUAUGCAAUAAACUUCCCCCUCACAGACGA